AUGUCCGCAUUGACGAUAAUGCCCUUUCCCGCUUCGUGUGGCAACUACCAACCAUAUCCUCCUCUUGUUUCCUCUGCUUCGUGCCUGGCCAUGGCUUCUCUGCCGCACACCACAAUUCCAAACCCACAACUCUCACUUUCCAAACAGUCUAUUCCGAUUGAAUUUCACAAACAGUCACAAGCCCAUUUUACAAAACUUCAAGAAAAUGCAAAAACCCAUCAAAUCUUGUACCAAUCUUACUUUAGCCACAUGUCCUCUCUGUGCAAACAAGGUCAAAUUCAACAGGCUGUGGACUUGUUCGUUGAAAUGGAGCUCAAAAACCUCCAAGUUGGCCCUGAAAUUUACGGCGAGCUCCUUCAGGGGUGUGUCUACGAACGAGCUCUUCAUACGGGUAAGCAAAUUCACGCUCGGAUUAUAAAGAAAGGUGGCAUAUUUGCAAUAAACGAGUACAUUGAAACCAAGUUGGUGAUUUUCUAUGCAAAAUGCGAUGUUCCGGAGGCUUCAAAUCGUUUGUUCCGAAGGGAUGGGUUCCUAUCAAGAGGCUUUGCUAGGUUUUAG